AAUGCUCAGUCAACAUUGAGGCUGCAGAUAUGGCAGAGGAGGAACUUUACUAUGCUUCGGUGACUAUAAAAAAUAAGAUAGAGCUUCAACCAAGAGUUAAAAAUGAGAAUGAGACCAUAUAUGAUGAAGUGAAGGUGAACAAAGAACCACCUGAGGCUAAAACAGAGAAAGAAGCUGAAGUGGAGAAGCAGAAUGAAACUGUUCAACAAACACCUGACCAAACAGAUAAAACAAUGGAAAAAUAUGACUUGGAGAAGCAAAAUGAGAGUGUUCAGAAAACUCAUGACACAACUGUAAAGGAAGCAGAAAGAUGUCGCCGCUAUCAGCAGCUGUGUUGCUGUUUUGGGACUCUCUGUGUCAUUUUGGUACUCAGCGUCAUUGGAGUCUGUGUUUAUUUUCAUGUGAGCAGUGCAAGUGAACUGAACCAGCUGAAAUCAUCCCAGCAGGUUCUGCUGGAGGAGAAUCAGAACCUGACAAACCUCAACAACAAACUCAGUUCAGAUAAUAAAAAUCUAACGAUUCAGUUUGACAACCUGACUAUGGCUUCUCAUGCCUUAGAAACCAACAUCACCAUGCUGACUGUAGAAAACUACAACCUGACUAUGGCUUCUCAUGCCUUAGAAAACAACAUCACCAUGCUGACUGUAGAAAACUACAACCUGACUAUGGCUUCUCAUGCCUUAGAAAACAACAUCACCAUGCUGACUGUAGAAAACUACAACCUGACUAUGGCUUCUCAUGCCUUAGAAACAACAUCACCAUGCUGACUGUAGAAAACUACAACCUGACAAUGGCUUCUAAGGCCUUAAAAAACAACAUCACCACACUGACAGCAGAGAAUCACAACCUGACUUCUCU